AUGGCCGGAAUCCGAGUGCCUCGAAGCUCAGCGAACUGUGGGCCAGCUGCAGGAAUCCCCGUAUUUAUAGGGUCCAGAACAAUGGGCAGUGAUGAGCACCAGUCUGCUGGAAAGCCACAGGAGAAACUGCAGGUGUCCACAAAAUCCUGGAUUUUUGCCCUGGUUGCUUCCAGCAAGCUCCAGUACAGACUUUCUCCCGUGGUGAAGAAGAUUGUGGAUAGGAUAGAUGACAAUAAAGACGGCUAUCUCACAACAGAGGAGUUAAAAAACUGGAUUAAACGGGUACAGAAACGCUAUAUCUAUGAAAAUGUGGCUAAAGUUUGGAAAGACUACGAUCUAAACAAGGACAAUAAAAUUGCCUGGGAAGAAUACAAACAAGCCACCUAUGGUUAUUAUCUAGAAAAUCCAGAAGAAUUCCAAGAUGCAACUGAUCAGCACAGUUUUAAGAAAAUGCUGCCCAGAGAUGAAAGACGAUUCAAAACCGCAGAUCUGGAUGGAGACUUAGCUGCCACUCGUGAAGAAUUCACUGCUUUCCUUCACCCAGAGGAGUUUGAGCAUAUGAAAAACAUCGUUGUCUUAGAAACCUUAGAAGACAUAGACAAAAAUGAGGAUGGUUUUGUGGAUCAAGAUGAGUACAUUGCUGAUAUGUUUGCAAAUGAAGAGGGUGGACCAGAGCCUGACUGGGUGAUUACAGAACGUGAACAGUUUUCAGAUUUUCGUGACCUCAACAAGGAUGGAAAGAUGGACAAAGAGGAGAUUCAGCACUGGAUUCUCCCACAAGACUAUGAUCACGCACUAGCUGAAGCCAGGCACUUAGUCUAUGAAUCGGAUGUAGACAAGGAUCAAAAACUAACAAAAGAGGAGGUUCUAGACAACUGGAAUAUGUUCGUUGGAAGUCAAGCUACUAAUUAUGGGGAGGACCUCACAAGAAACCAUGAUGAACUAUGAUACAGUAUACCAUCCAGUAUGCCACAGACCUUUUCUCCACUUCACUGAAAUCGUUGUGUCCAUCCU